CCUCCCAUUCUCACUGUGCAGGCGAUCGGAGCGGAUCACCGAUCACGAAAAGAGCCGAACAUGUCGGCUCGGUCAUGUAAUCAGCUGUGUCCAAUCAGUCAGCCCCAGCAGUGCCACCUGUCAUUGCUCAUCAGUGCCACGUGCCAGUGCCCAUCUGAGCUGCCUUUCAGUGCCGCCUAUCAGUGCCAGUCAGUGCCGCCUAACAGUGCCAGUCAGUGCCGCCUAUCAGUGCCAUAUUUCAGU